AUGGCUGGAGGCUAUUUUGAACUUCCUAUAUCUUCAUCCCGACGUUCGAGCCUUACAGAUACAUCAGGUGGAGGAGGCAGCAGAUUAUUACCGGGUCCUCGCGCAUCACCCAUACCUCUGGCUUCCAAUGGGAGCUGUGCAGAAAGACCAUCUGAGUCCACAGGAGCUCAAGCUCAGGCCAGGGUUCGGAAUGCAGGAAUUUUGAAGCCCACCAAUCGAGUCAAGUUCACGAUGAAUGAACCCGAAGGGGAGGAGGUCCCCAGUGGAUCAACAUCAGAUACCCAACCUGAUGGAAGGGGCUUGCUGCUCCCUCAGAGGCCGUUACCCAUAGCCAACAUUCCUCCUACAGAGAAAUCUUCCGCGGAUCACCAAUCGCUGCCAUUGGUAGUCACAAGCUCUUACGCGUCGACAGCAGAUGUCACGGGCCUCUCAAUCCAUUCGAGAGCUAGUUCACCGGGGAUCCUUGAUGACGAUGGGAUCAGCAGAGAAAGAGGUAGAGCUAUCCACUUUGCUCAGGGAAAGGCUCAGCGGCUCGCUUCUCUGUUGCGUCGUUCUCAAAAAUCUCCGAAGCGAAGCCCUCACCCCAGCCUGCCGUCAUCGACUGUUUCAACGCCUAUAGAGGUAGGUAUACCUGGAGACUACGGGGAUGACAUCCCUAUGAUCAGCUUGUCUGAAAAGCAAUCCCUGGAUUACUCUACCGACGAGGAUGAGGAAGGCCCUAUAGACCGGCGAUCUACAACGCGCACUUCCAAAGCUCAUAACCUCGUGCAACAAAUGACUCGAAGAGAUUUUGGUUUCUUGUCCAGAGUUCGUGCUCCAUCUCCUGGACUCAGUUCUGGACAGGCCGCAUCCCUCGACGAGAGGGAUACUGACACCUAUGGCGAACGACCAAGUCACUACAGGGGAGGAAUCCUCUCUUCUCUCCUCAAACUUUAUGACAACGAACACAAUAGCGGCAGCUACGGCCACUGGCGAUAUGGCAGCCGUUCUCGUCAAGGCAGCGAGGGGGGGUACAGUGGACGUGGCGUGUCCCCGGACCCUAUCUGGCCAUCACCGCAGCGACCCAGAAAGUGGUACGACAAGUCCCCUAACGUAUCUACUACUUCCCUGGCCGGUUCAACUGCAAAGAAUUCCGAAACCUCACCGAUCUCCGGGCCCAAGCGGUCGCGCAGUAGUGGUGCGCUAGGGAUCCGGCGUUGGACCAGACCUCAACUCGAAGAUGAGAUAAGAAUCACUGUCCAUAUUGCCGAACUCCUUUCACGGCAACGGUAUCUUCUCCUACUUUGUCAGGUGUUGUUGAAUUACGGUGCUCCGACACAUCGGCUCGAAGAGUACAUGAGGAUGACUGCCCGUGUGCUCGAAAUCGACGGGCAAUUCCUAUAUAUACCUGGCUGCAUGAUUAUUUCUUUUGACGAUGCCUCCACUCAUACCACAGAAGUCAAGAUUGUCAGAUCCCCGCAGGGAGUUGAUCUAGGCAAGAUGGCUGACGUUCACGAGGUAUACAAGGAAGUAAUCCAUGACGUUAUUGGUGUGGAAGAAGCCAUUCAGCGCCUAGAGGAAAUCAAGGGUAGAGACAACAAAUUCCCCGUCUGGUUCCAGAUCUUUAUGCACGGGUGCGCCUGUGCUGCCGUGGGACCCUUUGCUUUUGGUGCACGUCCAAUUGAUCUGCCUAUUGCUUUCCUGCUUGGAACACUCGUCGGGACGUUACAGUUGGUCCUAUCUCCACGAUCGCAGCUGUACUCAAAUGUCUUUGAGAUCUCUGCUGCGGUGUUGACUUCCUUCCUUGCUCGUGCCUUUGGCAGCAUCCGAUAUCAUGGCGAGCACCUCUUCUGCUUUGCUGCCUUGGCACAGUCUUCUAUCGCACUCAUUUUACCUGGCUAUCUGGUCUUGUCUGCGAGCCUAGAACUUCAGUCGCGCAGUAUGGUGGCCGGAUCUGUCCGUAUGGUCUACGCGAUCAUGUAUUCGCUCUUUCUAGGAUUUGGAAUCACUAUUGGCACUUCGGUCUAUGGCCUUUUGGACACCGGUGCAACGGAUUCAGUCUCAUGCCCCGCGAGCCCUAUCACCAAUGAAUAUCUCCAGCAUAUCCCAUUUGUCAUCAUCUUCACCUUUUGUCUUUCGGUGGUCAAUCAAAGCAAAUGGCGACAGGUGCCGAUAAUGCUUUUCAUAUCAUUAUCUGGGUAUGUGGUGAACUACUUCAGCAUCAAACGCUUCUUUGCCGAGCCUCAAGUCGCCAAUGCCCUCGGGGCCUUCGUGAUUGGCGUGAUUGGGAACCUAUACAGCCGAAUUCGACACGGGCUUGCUGCUGCUGCCAUGCUACCAGCCAUCUUUGUCCUGGUGCCAUCCGGUCUUGCAGCCAGUGGCUCCUUGGUAUCGGGCCUUUCCUCGGCGGAGCAGAUGGCCGGCAGCUCAACGACCGUCAUCACCAAUGGAACACAGGGGUUUGUUGCUGUCGCUAAGAAUAUGACCUCGACCUCACAAGCCCAGAAUAACGGACUUGCAUUUGAUAUCGCCUAUGGCAUGAUCCAAGUUGCGGUUGGAUUCACUGUGGGCCUCUUUCUCGCCGCUCUGGUCGUGUACCCGUUAGGCAAGAAACGAAGCGGUUUGUUUAGCUUCUGA